AUGGCAUCUUUGUCGUCGAUUGUUGCCUGUUGUUGGUGGCUCAUUAUCCCAUAUUGUCGUCGUGUGAUAGCUGCAUUGAUAAUCGACACGCCUAGGGCAUACGAUUCUAUUCCACUAACCAUGGGCUCUGUUGGUGGUUUUCGGGUGAGCUGGUCCGGAAUUACGGAUGACAACAACAAAAAUCCAAGAACGAACAUGACAAUGGAGCUCUAUCUGAUUCGGGGAGACAUGGUGGUGGUAGCAUCAUGGGUUAGGACCCUGAACACGAGCAGCAGCAAUGGCUCAUUAUUAUUACCAGUGAACAGCACCAUGAUGAUGCCACCCUUUGAGGCCUAUUAUUAUCUUCAGCUCUUUGUCAACAAGGAUCACCUUCAGCAGCAGGUUGCUAUACAAGGUCCUAUUUCCUUUUACUUGCAUGCAAAUACCACCACCGCAACAUCAUCCACUUUUUUGGUGAUACCCACUGCAACACCUUCUCCCUAUUUUACCACUGACCCAGCGGAAACAAGUACGCAUUUCAUCAUCGAUGCAUCGACGACGUCGACUACUUUAUUAGCAGCAGCUACUACGGAUGCUAUUUUGGACGACGAAUCUACUCUUGUAUCACCGACGACUCGAGCUGCAUUGGAGGGUGCAGCUAUUGCAGCCACCACGGUGAUCGUUGUGGCACUUGUCUAUGGUCUCAUUGUGUGUUGUAUCAAUCGCCGUCAUAAGAAAAAACAACCAUCAAAGAACAAGGACCGAGUUGUCACUUUUGAUAACACAACUACCAUUAUCAUGCCGCCAUCGUCUUCAUCAUCAUCAUCAUCAUCAUCGUGUACGAAUGGAGGACAUGCAGAGAAUACGUUUAUGGGAUACUAUUAUGAUAGCGAAUAUUUUACAGAUGUUGUCAAGUCUAAUGUAGGAUCACGUCAAUGA